GAAGCUUGCUCGCGCUUUCGAAUGCGCUGUUGAUCGAGGCGGACGCCCUUCGGACUGCCACAGCGAUAAACGAGAUGUCCUACGUUUGCGGCAACUUAGCCAUCAAAGACGUUCUCCCAGACAACCCGGAGAUUGCGCUCAAGCUGCGCAACAAGGCCGACAAACGCACCUGGGACAGUUUCGUAGGACAUCGGAGGAGACUGUUCCUGAGGGCCGAGAGCGACCUGCUCGUGGAGAUGGGCGUCAAGGACACCGCGUCUCAGUGCACAACCGUGCAAGCGCCGUGCACCGUGCAAGGAGCCCGGUGCAGGGCGGAGCUCGUAUCGAGGGGCACCAGACGCCUGCUGAUAUACAGGAGGGUGCAGAGUGAACUGGAAGAGACCACAGCCAGGAUGCAGGCAGAAGGCAACGCCAUCAAGGCCACCAUAGUGCAGCCGGAGGAAGCAAAGGCCACUUUCGUGGCAGAGGUGUCGCAACUGCAGCUAAAGCAACUACGACAGGAAUGCGGCAGCCUGAAACUGAAUCUUGCGUACAUGAGCGAAAACCUGUUGUGUCGCGAGCAGGAUGUCGGCAGCCAGAAAUCGGGACAAGAUGGCAUCACAGGGCCCAUGCCGUCUGGCCUGCUGACAUCUCAUGACGGCCGAGCCUCGAUUCGACACUCUCAAUGCCACUCGGAUUUUCAGCAGACGUAA